AUGGAUACUCAAGAAAAAAUUAUGGAAAUCAAUCAACCUAUCCAUUUUAAGGACUUGAAACUCGUUUGUUCAUGCUCUGAUGAUUUCCUUGUGAAUGACAAAGAAUUUCAGCAAUGUUUAAAAGGAUGCAAAUGGUCAGCUGAUGGUCUGAGUAUUUUAACAAAUAGUGAAGACAGAAGACUUCGAAUUUUCAAUAUUGAAACAGACGAAAUAGAUCAAUGUAAAAAACAACUUCGUAAAGUCAAUGAGAUAAAAGAAGGUGGAACUAUAUACGAUUAUGUAUGGUACCCGAAUACUGUGCAAAAAAGCGAUAACGUAAAAUUAAUUUUGAGUACUAGCAGUCGAUCACCUAUUCACCUCUGGAAUGCUGUAGAUGGACAAUUAGAAGCAACAUAUAGAGUAUAUGAUCAUGUUGAUGAAGUUGCACAUGUUAACUCAUUAUGCUUUAACUGGUCUGGAGAAGAAAUUUACUGUGGUAGUUAUGGCAAAUUAAAUAUCUUUCGUACAGACCGUCCAGGACGUGAAUUUAUUGAAAUAUCUACUAAGACAGAUUUGCAUAGAUCAAUCAUAUCGACCAUAGCUAUGAAUCCAGUAGACAGGAGCAUUUUUGCUGUUGGUACAUAUAGUAAAGAUAUUGGUAUUUACGGUGGUAAUCAACUGAUGUACAUAUUAAGGGGACAUAAGUCAGGAAUUACCCAAUUACAAUUUUCACCUGAUGGGUUGAAAUUAUAUUCAGGGAGCAGAAAAGGUGAUAAUGAUAUUGUAUGUUGGGAUUUAAGGAAUGUUGGACAAACUCUAUAUUCUGCUGAAAGAACAGUGACUACUAAUCAAAGAAUUUGUUUCGACAUUUCAUCGGAUGGACAAUAUUUAGUUUCAGGUAAUUGUACAGGUGAAAUUAGUACUUGGAAACUAGACCAGAAUAUUGAAAAUUCUGAUGGCGUAGAAAGUGUUCUUACUUUAAAUUCUAAAAUUUCUGUUCAUAACGAUUGUGUCAAUGGUGUCAGUUUGCAUCCAACUCUUCCUUUAUUAGCAACAGCAUCUGGACAGAGGCACAAUGAAGAAAAUGAUGACGAUGAACAAUUAAUAUUGAAAGACACUGAUAUUAGUUUAAAACUUUGGGAGAUAAUUUAA